AAGAGUAGGGGGUCUUAGGAGGGGAGGGGAGGGGGAAGCCCUCUUGGCCAAGGGGAGGGGAGGGGGGUCUUUGCCCUCCGCCUCGGGGGGUCUCCAGGAUGGGUUGGGGGCGCCUGGGGGCUGCGCUGCUGCUCUUGGCGGCCCGGAUCUUGCUCCAGACGGCCAGGGCUCUCCUGGGUCGCCUCUUGCCGGCCCGACCCCGCGACCUGGCCGCCGACUGCGUGCUCAUCACCGGCGGAGGACGAGGCAUCGGGCGCGCCUUGGCUCGCGAGUUCGCCCGGCGCGGAGCCCGCAAGAUCGUCCUGUGGGGACGGACGGAGAAAUGCUUGAAGGAAGCCACACAGGAGGUCCAAGCGAUGGGGACCGAGGGCCACUAUUUCGUCUGCGACGUGGCCAAUCGGGAAGAGGUUUACCGGCAAGCCAAGGCCGUCCGGGAAAAGGUGGGAGAUGUCACCAUCCUGGUGAACAACGCAGCCGUGGUUCAUGGGAAGACUCUUCUGGACAGUGAUGACCACGCCUUGCUCAAAUCCCAACACAUCAACACCCUGGGACAAUUUUGGACCACCAAGGCCUUCCUACCGCGGAUGUUGGAACUGCAGCGAGGACACAUCGUUUGCCUCAACUCCAUCCUCGCUUUGUCGGCCAUUCCUGGCGCCGUGGAUUACUGUACGUCCAAAGCGUCUUCCUUCGCCUUCAUGGAGAGUUUGACCCUGGGGCUUCUGGACUGUCCGGGAGUCAACGCCACCACCGUCUUGCCCUUCCACACCAGCACGGAGAUGUUUCAAGGGAUACGGAUCAGGUUCCCCAGUCUUUUUCCUCCACUCAAGCCGGAGACGGUGGCCCGGAGGACGGUGGAGGCCGUUCAGCAGAACCAAGCGUUCCUCCUGCUCCCAUGGUCCAUGCACAUCCUCAUCUUCUUGAAAAGGUACUUGGGUCGUAACUCGGAUGCUGCUGCUUCUGAGUCAGAAGUUGAACCUGGAAGUCAUCAUGACCGACAUCAACCAACCAACAACUGGGAAGGGGGAGGACAGGAGCAUCAACCCAUCGGUGUGGCAGACCCUUCCUUCCUUCCUUCUUUCCUGCUUUCUCCUUUCCUUCC